AUGCCCUCAUACCUCGCCGACGAUAACGCGCUGGUAGAUUCUCCCCAUCUCGACUUUCUUCAGCUCAGCCAUCACGACAAAUUUGCGCUCGCCUCGGAUAAAAUUGCAGCCCAUACUCAUGUCCUCGACCACUCGAGGCCCGACCACACGACCGAGAGCCUCGAUGGGAGCUCCCUGAUCUCUACCCACGACUCAGACGCCUCUGGAACGCGUGCAAUGAUGCCCAACGAAAAUGGCAAUGGCACUCGACCAACGAGCAUGAACUCGUACACAAACGACGACGCGCGCGACACGCACCCGACCGUUUCCAAUGGCCUUACUAACGGCGAAUUUUCCCUCCCCGACCGAACUGCUCCUCAAUUAUCUGCACAGAAUGGCCACUUCGCUCAAAAUGGCGACGCCAAGCAAUCUCCUCAAAUACCUUCGGCCCCUCUCCACCAGCCACCCAAUCCUCCAAACCGCGCUUCAACCGUCACGCUAGACCACGACGAACAACCGCCUAUACCCAUCGAAAAGGAUUUUGCUCCCGCUCCAGCGGCAGUCGCCUCAUCUAGUCUAGUCGACGUCAGCCGGGGCGCCGAACCGGUCUCUCCAAAGCCUGCUGGCCACCGUUUCUCUUCCCCCCCAGCUUACCAACCUGGCAAUACCUCGUUGAACUCAUCGUCCUCCGGUCACCUCAUUCCACCGACUCAGCCGCCAGUUCUGAAGCAGCGGCAUACUCUCGAGGUUCCCAAAUCCAAUCGGCCUUCUAAAGAUGGGCAGGACGCGGCCUUGGCAACCGGCCGAUUCUCCCCGACAUCUGCUGUGUCCGGGACACGACGUGCCUCCAUGAACUUGGGCCGUAGAGCGACCCGUUCAGGAUUCUCUGACAUGCCCCGCGACGAGGUAGCUCCGGACGAGGACGCCGCUAGGUGGGCCGAAGCCAUUCGCCAGAAACGAGCUAGCAAGCGCAGGCGUAAGGAGGAGGAAGACGACGACCGCGUCCUCGUUGGCACAAAGGUUGACGAAAGCCAUGCCAAUUGGGUCACAGCCUAUAACAUGUUAACUGGAAUCCGCGUCUCCGUUUCCAGAACGAAUGCCAAGCUCGACCGUGAGCUUACAGACGCCGACUUUGAAGCCAAGCAAAAGUCGACUUUCGAUAUCACCGGAAACGAGCUGGUACCUUCGGCCAAGUAUGAUUUUAAAUUCAAAGAUUACGCCCCGUGGGUAUUCCGGCGCCUACGUGCUCUCUUUCGUCUCGACCCCGCCGACUACCUCAUGUCUCUCACCGGCAAGUACAUCUUGUCUGAGCUCGGUUCGCCCGGCAAGAGUGGCAGCUUCUUCUACUUUUCCAGAGACUACAAGUACAUUAUUAAAACGAUUCAUCACUCUGAACAUAAGUUUUUGAGGAAGAUUCUUAAAGAUUACUAUACUCACGUUCAGCAAAACCCCAACACUCUACUCUCCCAGUUCUACGGACUGCACCGCGUCAAGAUGCCCUACGGUAAGAAGAUUCACUUUGUCGUCAUGAACAACCUCUUUCCGCCGCACCGUGAUAUUCAUACCACCUUCGAUUUGAAGGGAUCCACAGUUGGGCGAAAUUAUAAAGAGGAGGACUUGGAACAGAACCCGAGAGCGACCUUGAAAGACCUCAACUGGCUGCGCAGGAAGCGACACUUGGAACUGGGUAUUCAGAAGAAGAGAAUGUUCUUGGAACAGCUGCGCGCUGACGUGGUGCUACUGAAGCGCCUGCAAAUCAUGGACUAUUCUCUGCUCGUUGGUAUCCACGACGUGUCUCGUGGCAACGAAGAAAACCUGCGUGACAAGACACUGCAAGUCUUCAACCCGGGCCGCGAAAAAUCCAUGGAUGAGGAGCCGCCAAUGGGUCUGCACCGGACGCCUUCCAAGCUAGAGACUGCGCGCAAAGCCCGUGAACUGCGUCAGAUGAUCCGACAGGAGCGUCCCAUCCCUAUGGGCCAAGCUAUUGAUAAGAUGCCCGACGAGCUUGGCGAGAGCCACAGCCGCCCCGGAUUUGUCUUCAACCAGGACGAUGGCGGUUUCCAAGCCACUCAUGAAAACAACGAUCCCGCCGAUGAGAUUUACUACCUUGGUGUCAUUGAUUGCCUUACCCACUACGGUAUAAUCAAGAAGAUUGAGCACUUUUGGAAGGGCCUUUCCAGCGACAGAACACAGAUCUCCGCUCUACCUCCAGAUCAAUACGGCGAUCGCUUCUACAACUUUGUAGAGGGUAUUACCAUGUCCAGCGAGGAGGCACAAAGAGAGGAAAUUCGACGCGAGCAGGAGGCGAUGGAAGCACGUCUAUCAGGCGAGACGCCGGGCAGAAGGAAUAAGCAUUCAAUUCCGCCCAUGCCGACGCACCUUCCUCCGCUGCCACCCGGCGCUCAACAUCAAGAGCCCAGAGACACGAUAGACAUGGCAAAGAAGGAGGCGCAAAAGAGGCUGAGCUUUGAGGCGCAUCCGCCAGAGCGAACGAUUAAGACUGUGUCUGUUCCGGCGGAAAACCGCAGCUCAACGCAACACGACCGCGUCUUACCUGUGGUGGAAGAGCUGGGUGAAAGCAGCCGCGACGAGAUCAACGGUCAUGGUAGAGACAACGACAUGUCGGCGCCGACGCGAGCAGCCCCUCCGCCACCGGCAAAAGACGACGACCUCGAAGAUGCCGGCCAACCACGCACGUAUAGCCGCGGGAGUUUGGACAAGAAGCUCCCGCCGCUGCCUAGGGAAGCGGCGGAUCAGCGCAACGGGGUGGCCUAG